AUGGAGGGGCUUAUCCCGCUUGUCAACCGGCUGCAGGACGCCUUCGCGGCGCUGGGCCAGAACUGCCUGCUGGACUUGCCGCAGAUCGCAGUGGUGGGCGGGCAGAGCGCCGGCAAGAGCUCCGUGCUGGAGAACUGCGUCUCCAGGGAUUUUCUUCCACGAGGUUCUGGAAUUGUAACAAGACGACCAUUGGUCCUGCAACUCAUCACUGCCAAAACAGAGUAUGCUGAAUUUCUACACUGCAAAGGGAAGAAAUUUACUGAUUUUGAUGAAGUUCGUCAGGAAAUUGAAGUAGAAACAGAUAGAGUAACAGGAGUGAACAAAGGCAUUUCUUCAGUUCCUAUAAACUUAAGAAUAUAUUCUCCACAUGUAUUAAGCCUGACCCUUAUUGAUUUGCCGGGAAUCACUAAAGUGCCAGUAGGGGAUCAGCCUCCAGAUAUUGAGCAGCAGAUCAGAGACAUGAUAAUGCAGUUCAUCUCUCGCGAAAACUGUCUGAUACUGGCUGUGACUCCAGCUAAUACUGAUCUGGCCAACUCGGAUGCACUGAAGUUAGCUAAGGAAGUGGACCCUCAAGGCCUUAGGACCAUCGGUGUGAUCACAAAACUGGAUCUGAUGGAUGAUGGAACAGAUGCAAGAGAAAUUCUAGAAAACAAACUACUCCCUCUUCGCAGAGGUUAUGUUGGUGUUGUAAACAGAAGCCAGAAAGACAUUGAUGGGAAGAAGGACAUUAAGGCAGCUCUUCUAGCAGAAAGGAAAUUCUUUCUUUCCCACCCAGCAUAUAGGCACAUGGCAGAUCGGAUGGGAACGCCCUAUCUCCAAAAAGUUCUAAACCAGCAACUUACCAAUCAUAUUCGGGAUACCCUGCCAGCCUUCAGAAGCAAACUUCAGAAUCAGCUGCUUUCUAUAGAACAUGAAGUAGAGGUAUACAAAAACUUCAGACCAGAAGAUCCAACCAGAAAAACUAAAGCCCUGUUGCAGAUGGUACAACAGUUUUCAGUGGACUUUGAAAAAAGAAUCGAAGGAUCAGGAGAUCAGGUUGAUACAUUAGAACUUUCAGGAGGUGCCAAAAUCAAUCGUAUUUUCCAUGAACGUUUUCCUUUUGAAUUAGUAAAGAUGGAAUUCAAUGAGAAGGAACUGCGGAGAGAAAUAAGUUAUGCCAUCAAGAACAUACAUGGUAUCAGAACAGGUUUGUUCACUCCAGAUAUGGCGUUUGAAGCCAUUGUUAAGAAGCAGAUAGUCAAGCUGAAAGGACCUUGCUUAAAAAGUGUGGAUCUGGUGAUGCAAGAGUUAAUCAACACUGUCAAAAAGUGCACUAAAAAGUUGGCAACAUACCCAAGGUUGUGUGAGGAAACAGAAAGAAUUGUUGCUGGUUACAUUCGUGAAAGAGAAGAGAAGACCAAGGAUCAGGUGCUGCUGCUGAUUGAUAUUCAGGUUUCUUACAUCAACACCAACCAUGAAGACUUCAUUGGCUUUGCAAAUGCUCAACAAAGAAGCAGUCAGGUUAACAAAAGUGCAGUGGGAAAUCAGGUCAUCCGGAAAGGCUGGCUGACCAUCAACAAUAUUGGCAUUAUGAAAGGAGGAUCCAAGGAAUACUGGUUUGUUCUAACUGCAGAAAGCUUGUCCUGGUAUAAAGAUGAUGAGGAAAAAGAGAAGAAGUAUAUGCUUCCUUUGGACAACUUGAAAGUGCGAGAUGUUGAAAAGAGCUUCAUGUCUAGCAAACAUAUCUUUGCAUUGUUUAACACAGAGCAGAGGAAUGUUUACAAGGAUUACCGUUUCCUUGAGCUAGCCUGUGACUCCCAAGAGGAGGUGGAUAGCUGGAAGGCAUCUCUGCUACGAGCCGGUGUCUAUCCUGAUAAAUCCUCAACUGAAAACGAUGAGAAUGGCCAAGCAGACAAUUUUUCAAUGGACCCCCAGCUGGAGAGACAGGUGGAGACAAUUAGAAAUCUUGUGGACUCAUACAUGUCGAUUAUCAACAAAUGUAUCCGCGACUUGAUACCGAAAACAAUCAUGCACCUUAUGAUCAAUAACGUAAAAGAAUUUAUCAAUGCAGAGCUCCUGGCUCACUUGUACUCUUCUGAGGACCAAAACACUCUAAUGGAGGAGUCGGCUGAACAGGCACAGAGGCGAGAUGAAAUGCUCCGCAUGUACCAAGCACUAAAGGAAGCCUUAGCAAUCAUUGGUGAUAUUAGCACUAGCACUGUCUCAACCCCUGCACCCCCUCCUGUAGAUGACUCUUGGCUUCAGCAGGCCCGCAGAUCACCUCCUCCAAGUCCCUCAACUCAGAGGAGGCCUACAUUAAGCAACCCCCCAACCAGACCUUUAUCUGGCCGAGGACCUGCUCCUGCAAUCCCAUCUCCAGGCCCUCUGUCAGGGGCUCCCCCAGUCCCAUUCCGCCCAGGACCAUUGCCUCAGUUUCCAAGUGGUGGUGAAGCUCUUGGAGGACCUCCCCAGGUUCCCUCUCGACCAACUCGGGCUCCUCCCAGUGUCCCAAGUCGAAGACCACCCCCUUCACCAACUCGGCCCAUUGUAAUUCGUCCAUUAGAUUCAUCCCUGUUAGACUAAAAGAAGUUUCUGGCAUGCCAUUCAUUGUUAACCAAAUAUGUGGAAAAAGAUGCUUGGUAACUGUUGCAAUAACCAAUGUAUAGUCACAUGUAUGGACAUCUAUAGGCAAGUAACCAAUUUUACUGAUACACUCUCUGUCCAUUCUGCAUUGUUUAUGAGAACUUAAAUGUUUUGGGAAGGUCUGUGCUGCCUUGACUGUUCCUUUUGCAAUAGCUGAUGUUAGCUAACUUACUGACACAUCUUCAUCCAGGCAACCAUGCUCACAGUCCUGUACAGAAAAUGAAGGGCUUGACUGUGUGUGUUUGUGUGUGUUGAUUUGACCUGCUUCUUUUCUCCCUCUUCUCUGAAAGGAACCUUGCUUUCAUUUGUACCUUUCAGGUUUUCUAUUGUUUGGAAUUACACAGUUACAUCCAUUUUCUCUUUUAAUGGCUAAACUGGGCAAAGAAAAGUGAUGUAGU